AUGUCGCAUUCGAACAAGACAAUCGCAUCUGGGCUUGGGCUUAGCGCGCUCGGUGGAGCUAUUGGAAGCCCCUCGUCGUUGACGGACCUGCAACAGCAGCACCACCAACAACGCGCAACUCACGCGCAAAGUCAGCAGCAAUCGCAACAGCAAGCUCCGAGCCACACCGUGUCGCCGCUGGAUUCGGGAGUCAAUCGCGCAAGAGCGUCAGCAUCAACGGCUUCGGCCAGCAGCGCCAUGUCAGGCCUCGAAAGUCAGACGCCCAAGAAGGCCGAUUACAACCCGAACAUCCACCUCCAGCAGGCCACGCCCACCUCGACAUCAGCCUCGCAGUCGUCGCAACAACAAUCCAUGUCUACUCUACCAAACACUCUUACGCCCGGCGCUUCCUCGAGGCCGCCGACAAGCGCGACGACAACCUACUCGGCUCCGCAGACGGUUCCCACCAUGCCUCCUCCGAUUAACACCAACCAGCAGCAGUACACUCCGCGUCCACCAACCCUCAAUGCCCAGCACAGCCAUUCGCGCUCGAGUCCUGCUGGCCUGGACCAAAAGUACAUUGCUUUUUCCACCACUCCUACAAAAGGCUACAGCUCCGUCACCCCGUCCUCAAGCCACUCUCCUCUGGGACUGGCAGACAUCCGUCCCCGUACCAACUCGGACUUGUUGAGCCGUGCGGGCAUGCACUCAGCUGGCGCUGUCUACGACUAUGGUCCUAGCCAGACGAACUGCAGCUACAUGGCUCCUUGGGCCGCCUACUCAUUUGAUUGGUGCAAGUGGCCGGUGCCCAACGGCAACAGCUGUGGUAAGAUGGCUAUCGGCAGCUAUCUCGAGGAUCCUCAUAACUUUAUCCAGAUUGUCGACAGCCAAAUCGCGCCCCAGGACCAAUCUACCAUGGGCGGUCCUGCAUAUGGCCUUGAUUUCGUCAAGGUCGCCGAAGCUACCUGUGCUUAUCCGGUAACGCGCAUUUCAUGGGAGCCUCCUUCGUCAUCCAAACAAUCUACCGACCUCCUCGCUACUUCCGGCGACCACUUGCGCCUGUGGUCCCUUCCUUCGUCCUCGCAGCCCGCAAUCUUAUCCAACAACAUCAACCGAUCCGCCUCGGUCAACACUCGCGAUCCUCCUACUCAGAAGCUGCAGCCUCUGGCCCUUCUUUCGAACUCAAAGACCCCCGAACAUACUGCUCCAUUGACCUCGCUCGAUUGGAAUACCUUGUCUCCAAAGCUUAUAAUCACGUCGAGCAUUGACACGACCUGCACCAUCUGGGAUAUCCCGACCCUUACUGCGAAAACUCAACUGAUUGCACACGACAAAGAGGUCUUUGAUGUGCGCUUCUGCGCCGGCAGUGUUGAUGUCUUCGUCAGUUGUGGCGCUGACGGUAGCGUGCGCAUGUUCGAUUUGCGAAGUUUGGAGCACAGUACCAUCAUUUACGAACCCUCAGAAAAGUCGGACAAAGACAAAGCGGCUAUGCCAGCUUCGCCAACAAAAUCCUCAGCAGCGGGAUUACCGGCCUCCCCUCCUCUUCUUCGUCUUGCUGCUUCACCGCACGACGCCCAUCUUUUGGCAACUUUCGCUGCAGACUCAAACAUUGUGCGCAUUCUUGACGCCAGACAGCCAGGCACCGCCCUUCUUGAGCUUCGUGGGCACUCGGCUUCACUCAACUCAAUAGAGUGGAACCCCAGCCGACGAGGCAUGCUCGCCAGUGGUGGUGACGACAGUCAAGUACUUGUCUGGGAUUUGCUCAACUCUGGCAACGGAGCCAGUCUCAACGGAGGUGUCCAGGGCGAGGCUCAAGCCAAGGGCCCAUCAGCAAGCUGGAGAAGCGAUUACGAGGUCAACAACGUUUCUUGGGCACCGCAAAGCGCUUUGACAGGCCAAGGCGGCGACUGGUUGGGUGUAUGCGCUGGCAGAGGAGUUUGGGGCGUCAAAUUGUAA